AUGCCUCACACGCAGCGACAGCAGGUUGGCAGUAGGGGGCGACGCACCCCUCUCCUCUUCCUCCUCCCUCUCUUCUCCCUCCUCCUAUCCCACACUCCCCAGCUCAGCCAAGCAGCUAUACACAUACCAUCCAACUGUGAGUACACCUUCUUAACUUCAUUCACACAUCAAUGUAUAUAUACAGUCACUGCUCAUAAUAAUGUCAAAAAAUGAGAACAGACUGGAUUCUAUGUUCUUUCCAUGGCAUUUCUAUCUGCAUCUUUAACACUGUGGUUAUGAGGUUUUGGGCGUUCAGUCUGUAGUUAUACAGUGCAUUCGGAAAAUAUUCAGACCAUUUCCCUUUUUCCAAAUGUUGUUACGUUACAGCCUUAUUCUAAAAUUGAUUCAAUUUGUUUUUCCCCCCUCAUCAAUCUACACACAAUUCCCCAUAAUGACAAAGCAAAAACAGAUUUUUAGACAUUUUUGCAAAUUUAUUAAAAAUAAAAAACGGAAUAAAUCAAAUGUACAUAAGUAUUCAGACCCUUUACUCAGUACUUUGUUGAAGCACCUUUGGCAGCGAUUACAGCCUUGAGUCUUCUUGGGUAGGACGCUACAAGCUUGGCACACCUGUAUUUGGGGAGUUUCUCCCAUUCCUCUCUGCAGAUCCUCUCAAGGUCUGCCAGGUUGGAUGGGGAGCGUCUCUCCACAGCUAUUUUCAGGUCUCUCCAGAGAUGUUCGAUCAGGUUCAAGUCCGGGCUCUGGCUGGGCCACUCAAGGACACUCAGAGCCUUGUCCCGAAGCCACUCCUGCAUUGUCUUGGCUGUGUGCUUAGGGUCGUUAUCCUUUUGGAAGGUGAACCUUCACCCCAGUCUGAGGUCCUGAGCGCUCUGGAGCAGGUUUUCAUCAAGGGUCUCUCUGUACUUUGCUCCGUUCAUCUUUUCCUCGAUCCUGACUAGUCUCCCAGUCCCUGCCGCUGAAAAACAUCCCCACAGCAUGAUGCUGCCACCACCAUGCUUCACCGUAGGGAUGGUGCCAGGUUUCCUCCAGACGUGACGCUUGGCAUUCAGUCCAAAGAGUUCAAUCUUCAUUUCAUCAGACCAGAGAAUCUUGUUUCUCAUGGUCUGAGAGUCUUUAGGUGCCUUUUGGCAAACUCCAAGCGGGCUGUCAUGUGCCUUUUACUGAGGAGUGGCUUCCGUCUGGCCACUCUACCAUAAAGGCCUGAUUGGUGGAGUUCUGCAGAGAUGGUUGUCCUUCUGGAAGGUUCUUCCAUCUCCACUGAGGAACUCUAGAGCUCUGUCAGAGUGACCAUCGGAUUCUUGGUCACCUCCCUGACCAUGGCCCUUCUCCCCCGAUUGCUCAGUUUGGCCGGGCGGCCAGGUCUAGGAAGAGUCUUUGUGGUUCCAAACUUAUUCCAUUUAAGAAUGAUGGAGGCCACUGUGUUCUUGGGGACCUUCAAUGCUGCAGAAUUUUGUUGGUACCCUUCCCCAGAUCUGUGCCUCGACACAAUCCUGUCUCGGAGUUCUACGGACCAUUCCUUCGACCUCGUGGCUUGAUUCUUGCUCUGACAUGCACUGUCAACUGUGAGACCCUUUAUAUAGACACGUGUGUACCUUUCCUAAUCAUGUCCAAUCAAUUGAAUUUACCACAGGUGGACUCCAAUCAAGUUGUAGAAACACCUCAAGGAUGAUCAACGGAAACAUGAUGCACCUGAGCUCAAUUUCGUGUCUCAUAGCAAAGGGUCUGAAUACUUAUGUAAAUGUAAUGUUUCAGUUUUUCUAAAAACCUGUUUUCGCUUUCUCAUUGUGGGGUAUUGUGUGUACAUUGCUGAGUUUUUAUUAUAUUUUAUUUUUUAAAUCUAUUUUAGAAUAAGGCUGUACGUUAACAAAUUGUGGAAAAAGUCAAGGGGUCUGAAUACUUUCCGAAGGCACUGUAUGCACACUGUGUCUAUUUACUUUGUAAUUGAUUACCUCAACUCAUUGAUUAGUCAUUCUAUUCAUCCGGUUUCCUUAGUGCAAAUCAGAUUUGGAUUGGAGGGCCAGGGUAAUUCAACAGGGAAUUGAUUUAUACAACAUAAAAAGCACACACGCACACACACACACACAGAAGGCAGGCGAUGGGUCAGAGUUGUUUCCUCCCCUCCCCCUCAACGCAAUAUCUAAGUAUUGAAAAACAGCUGAGUUUGUGGGACUGCAGGGAAAUUGAUUAUUCAACUCUGAGGUUGCUGAGUGUCCUACAGCUUUGCUUUAAUAACAGAGUUUGAGGAAGAAUUGUGUGUGCGUCCUAAAUGGCACCCUAUUCCCUUUAUAGCGCACUUCUUUUGUCUAGAGUCCUAUGGGCCCCGGUCAAAAGUAGUGCACUACAUAGUGAAUAGACUGCCAUUUGAGACAGCGGGAGUUAGACAAAUAAUUGUGUUUGUUGCUGUGGCUGCUAUUGUUGUUCUGUUAUUCAUUUAAGUCAUGGAUCAAUGACUAACUCAGACCUUCACCCACUCUAACACACGUAUCACUCCUAUACACACACACACACACACUCACACACACACACACACACACACACACACACACACACACACACACACACACACACACACACACACACACACACACACACACACACACACACAGUCUGACAGUGAUGAAAAGCAGUAAAGCUCCCCCUGAGGAUGAAGAUGUCAGUAAGAGAGGAGGGUUAUGAUGAUGAAGAGAAGGAGGAAGAGGAGGGGGAGGACCAGAUUAUGGGGAUUGUAAAGGUCAAGGUGUCUCCUGUUGAAUUAAUGAGUCUCUCUAAUGUCACUGACACAGUCACCACAAUCAAUACACCACCCACAUCUGAAUUCAUCAACAACGAAAAUAACAUUGUCGGACCAUUGCAAUCCACUAGCUUUGCACUUGACGAGCUUUGUAGCCCAUGGGUGGUAACUGUUGUUUAAUCAUCAAUUAUCCCAUUUUGAAAUGGGGAAUUUGCAGGGCAAGUGAGGAAACGUGCUGAUGUUGAUAUGUACUGUGUGGAAGCUAAGUCCAGGCACUCUGUCUGUAUUUCCUGCCAGACUGUGUUGACUAUCUAACAGACUUUCUCAUUUUUUCACCCUCGCUCUCUUGCUGCUCUGCCGCUCUGGACUAACAGACCAAAUAAGUGAAUGUAAGUGCUCUACUUCCUUUUGCUUUUAACCUUAUUCAUGUGUGUCUAUUCGUAUGUAUUUCUGUUUGUAUAAGUGCAGCAAGAGCUGCAAGUGCAGCUGUUGCCAAAACCCUAUAGUAAACACUUUCAUUAUGAGAAAGAUUAUCACGAUUCCUACAAACACAGCACACGGUACAAACCCUCAGCAUCGCACUGCACCUUAAUAAAUCUAGCAUUAGCGUGUCUUCUUCACCUCAAUGAGUCUAUACGUGCGUAGUCUUGUUCCUUCUUGGAGGAGGUAAUACCAUUUGGAAUUAAGAGGGAAUCGAGGAAGAGAGGAACACCUGUCUCUAAAAUGGGACUAGUGUUGUCAGAUCAAAGAGUGGGGCUUUAAUAGACAGUAUAAAAGAGAGGAGGAAAUACAAACAAGUCUAUAAGGGAGAGGGGAAUAAUAGUGGAGUGUAACCACUAAAAACAAGUGUAACCUAACUGUUCUUCUUCCAAUAAUGGAGCACUGCAGUGCCUGCAGCAGCUUCGACAUAAAUCUGAUCAGCUGAAAAACUGUCUUAUUACCUCUGUCACUAGGGAAUCUAUAAUUUUAGAAUAUUUUCUCUCUCUCUCUCUCUCUCUCUCUCUCUCUCUCUCUCUCUCUCUCUCUCUCUCUCUCUCUCUGUCACUCUCUCUCUCAUCCCUCUCUUUGUCUCCCUCCCUGUCCUUGACCUUUAAUCAUUUGCUCCCUCCAUCGCUACCUGUUUCUCCCUCUGUCUCCUUUUCCGUCUCCCCUCUCUAUCCUUCCCUCCAUUUCUCCCUCCAUUCAUUCCCUGCCCUCCUUUGCCCAUUUACCUACCUAAGUUACAUCAUGUAAAUAUAUCUGUGAAACUAGACCUGUCUCUUUCAUUCAGAGUCAAAUCAGAACCCAACCAACAAGUACCAUUGACCUCUAUUCCAAUACAAUACAAUAGGACUCAGCGUGUAGAGAAAAGGAUCACACUGCAAAGCUAAUCGGAAAAAUAUAUCACAAAUGUCCAGGCCACACACCAAAAACCUGAACAUAAAAAGCUGCCAGGAGACAUAAAACCUAUGGGAAUAUAGAAUGUGUAGAAUAUGUUUGUGUCCCAAAAGGCACCCUAUUCCCUAUAUAGUGCACCUCUUUUGACCAGAGACCUAUAGGCCCUGGUCAAAAGUAGUGCACUACAUAGGGAAUAAGAUGCCAUUUGGGAUAAAGACCAUGUGCUUUAACAAUAGUAUACCACGCCUUAGUAUGUAGGAUUUUAUGAGUCUGAUAUGAGUGGGUGUUUUAUGGACGUAACAGGACAGUAAGAGAAAAGGGGAAUAACUCUACUCUGAUGGUCUUUUCUUCUUUAGUAUCUCUUCUUGUCCCCAAGGGGCCCUCUCUUCUCUACCACGAUAUAUUACACUAGUGUCUCCUUUGCAUUCAUACACACUCACUUUCCUCUCAUCUCAUUCCAUUUUCUCUCCCUGCAGUGCUCUCUCUCUCUUUCUCUGUCUACAUUUUCGUCUAUUCUCGUGGGGGAUUUUUAAGUGAUAUGAAUGAAUACAUUCCCCAUCAAGUUUCAGUAAUACUUGGAAAUGAAAUGACUGCUAUCUUUAAGUCCCUCUGUGAGACAGUGGCUGUAAGUCUGUGGGUUCUAGUCAGUGGGCUAUUAACCUCUGUGAGAGUGAGAAUAUAGGUAGCACAGUUGAGCUGUAGGGCUGUGGGCUCUAGUUAGUAGGAUGUCUGUUCAUGUCAGAGGAAGUCAGCACAGGGGUUAUAGUACAGUGGUGGGUUGAGACGAAGCCCAUUCAAACAACAUAUCUCUAGCUUAAACAAGGCUGUGGUUUCUAGUCAGUGCCAAGAGUGUGCAAAGCUGUCAUCAAGGCAAAGGCUAUUUGAAGAAUCUCAAAUAUAAAAUAUUUUUUGAUUUGUUUAACACUUUUUGGGUUACUACAUGAUUCCAUAUGUGUUAUUUCAUAGUUUUGAUGUCUUCACUAUUAUUAUACAAUUUAGAAAAUAGUACAAAAUAAAAAACAACCCUUGAACGAGUAGGUAUGUCCAAACUUUUUGACUGGUACUGUACAGUGGGGAAAAAAAGUAUUUAGUCAGCCACCAAUUGUGCAAGUUCUCCCACUUAAAAAGAUGAGAGAGGCCUGUAAUUUUCAUCAUAGGUACACGUCAACUAUGACAGACAAAAUGAGAUUUUUUUUCUCCAGAAAAUCACAUGUAGGAUUUUUAAUGAAUUUAUUUGCAAAUUAUGGUGGAAAAUAAGUAUUUGGUCAAUAACAAAAGUUUCUCAAUACUUUGUUAUAUACCCUUUGUUGGCAAUGACACAGGUCAAACGUUUUCUGUAAGUCUUCACAAGGUUUUCACACACUGUUGCUGGUAUUUUGGCCCAUUCCUCCAUGCAGAUCUCCUCUAGAGCAGUGAUGUUUUGGGGCUGUCGCUGGGCAACACGGACUUUCAACUCCCUCCAAAGAUUUUUUAUGGGGUUGAGAUCUGGAGACUGGCUAGGCCACUCCAGGACCUUGAAAUGCUUCUUACGAAGCCACUCCUUCGUUGCCCGGGCGGUGUGUUUGGGAUCAUUGUCAUGCUGAAAGACCCAGCCACGUUUCAUCUUCAAUGCCCUUGCUGAUGGAAGGAGGUUUUCACUCAAAAUCUCACGAUACAUGGCCCCAUUCAUUCUUUCCUUUACACGGAUCAGUCGUCCUGGUCCCUUUGCAGAAAAACAGCCCCAAAGCAUGAUGUUUCCACCCCCAUGCUUCACAGUAGGUAUGGUGUUCUUUGGAUGCAACUCAGCAUUCUUUGUCCUCCAAACACGACGAGUUGAGUUUUUACCAAAAAGUUAUAUUUUGGUUUCAUCUGACCAUAUGACAUUCUCCCAAUCCUCUUCUGGAUCAUCCAAAUGCACUCUAGCAAACUUCAGACGGGCCUGGACAUGUACUGGCUUAAGCAGGGGGACACGUCUGGCACUGCAGGAUUUGAGUCCCUGGCGGCGUAGUGUGUUACUGAUGGUAGGCUUUGUUACUUUGGUCCCAGCUCUCUGCAGGUCAUUCACUAGGUCCCCCCGUGUGGUUCUGGGAUUUUUGCUCACCGUUCUUGUGAUCAUUUUGACCCCACGGGGUGAGAUCUUGCGUGGAGCCCCAGAUCGAGGGAGAUUAUCAGUGGUCUUGUAUGUCUUCCAUUUCCUAAUAAUUGCUCCCACAGUUGAUUUCUUCAAACCAAGCUGCUUACCUAUUGCAGAUUCAGUCUUCCCAGCCUGGUGCAGGUCUACAAUUUUGUUUCUGGUGUCCUUUGACAGCUCUUUGGUCUUGGCCAUAGUGGAGUUUGGAGUGUGACUGUUUGAGGUUGUGGACAGGUGUCUUUUAUACUGAUAACAAGUUCAAACAGGUGCCAUUAAUACAGGUAACGAGUGGAGGACAGAGGAGCCUCUUAAGAAAUCUUGCUUGUUUGUAGGUGACCAAAUACUUAUUUUCCACCAUCAUUUGCAAAUAAAUUCAUUAAAAAUCCUACAAUGUGAUUUUCUGGAAUUUUUUUUCUCAAUUUGUCUGUCAUAGUUGAUGUGUACCUAUGAUGAAAAUUACAGGCCUCUCUCAUCUUUUUAAGUGGGAGAACUUGCACAAUUGGUGGCUGACUAAAUACUUUUUUCCCCCACUGUAUGCAUGUAUGUAUGUACUGUAUGUAUGUGUGUAUGUAUGAACACAUGCUUCUACAUCUGCAUUGCUUGCUGUUUGGGGUUUUAGGCGGGAUUUCUGUAUAGCACUUUGUGACAUCUACUGAUGUAAAAAGGGCUUUAUAAAUACAUUUGAUUGAUUGAUUGAUUCCUAUCCAGUUAAGAAGCCCCCAGUGAUAACCACCCAGCCUGAGUCCAUCACUGUGUUCGGUGCUGAAGACAUCCUCCUGACCUGCGAAGCAUCAGGAAACCCUCCUCCAGAGUUAGUUACUAUACAAUGACACUGCUUUUAACACACAAGUGUGCGCAUACACACACACACACACACACACACUGUCUCUACAGUUUUUAUCUCUGUAGUCUCAUGAUUUAGUUCUGGGUUCUGAGAUUACCAUGUCAACAAUAGAAUAACACGUACAAAAAUAACCUAUCACGCUAAACCACACUUGCCUGCAGUUUAACUGCAAAAUUUUAUCACUCCCCCCUCCCCCUUUUAUCAUUCUUAAUUGUAGUUAUUGAUGAUAUGUCCCUGUAUUCGUGCAGCAUAGCAGAUAUCUGGAGAUGCUAUAGAGUAACAUUUAUUAUUACAUGAGAGCACAGCUCCCCACAGUCACACUAACAAGGGAGAAAUUGAUUUUUGCCCGCAAGGGACUGUCUCUUAAAGAUGCCUUAUGCAUAAUUUCAGCUAGUUGUUUUGAAAGUAGCGCUCAUGAGCCAAAACGGGUCCCCGGAAAUUGUGCACAAUUGUGUAAAACGCCAUCCAUUUUUGUACAGUAUGAUAUGAAUUUGUAAGUGCUUAAGAUCCCGUUCAAUUUCUUUAAUGUCUCUACUUUUGCUAAGUGGAAAAAGUUCAAUUUGCAGAACAAAAUAUUAAUAUCACAAUUGUAUAAGACUCAGUCUAAAUCCCAAAUGACACUCUAUUCCCUAUAUAGUACUUUUGACCAGGGCCUAUAAGGCACUAUUUAGGGAACAGUGCUAUUUGUGAUGUAGCCUCCAACUCCCUCCCCCAUGAACUCUUUCCUCUUCCUUUGUCAAACAAAGUGGAAUGCAGGGUCAGGCUGUGUAAAUGACACAUUGUGGCUUUAACUCUUUCUUCUGUGUUGUCUGUCUCUGUCUCUGUCUCUGUCUCUGUCUCUGUCUCUGUCUCUCUAUUAGGUUCCGUUGGAAAAAGGAUGGGUUGGAAUUUAUCCCAGCCAAUUACCCGGGCCUGUCGAUGUCUCCGGGUUCCGGAACCUUCAUGACAACAGGGGCAGGGUCAGGAUCCAUGAGCCAAUACCAGGGCAAAUACAGCUGCUACGCUGAUAACGAGCUGGGCACGGCUGUCUCUAACGAGGUCCAGCUCAUCACUGAGAGUGAGUAAACCAGAAACUCCAAUCCAACAUUCUAAUAAGCAUUCUAAUGUUCUAGCAACGUUCCAGUUAGAAUGCCAGCAAAUUACAGUUCAUGUUUUUAUUAUAUGCUAGUGCAGAUAUUGGAACAGUUUGGCACUUGAACAUUCUUCCUUUUUUUGCACAUUAGUAGACCUAAUGAUUUGUAUCUGCUGCUGACGAUCAGUAAACUACUAAUGGUCAAAUCUCCCUCACAGAGAGAGAGACAAAGUAAUACAGAGUGAGUGACUUCAAGGUUAAGAGUGUCCAACCAACCAAAACAUUUAAAUCACUUCUUUCAAAAUAUUCCUUCACUUUAGAGGUUUUUAGUGUCAAUGUGGAGAUUUAAGUUGAGACCUCAUGCAGAGCGCUGGUAAAAGUCUCCCUGGCUCCACAUUUAAUUUAGAAUGGAUAUUAUGUGAGCAAAGCUAUUGGUUGCUUUAUGGGCAAUAACAUAACAAUUUAUAGUACCAUGGUCAGAGCCCCAAUAAAGCUGAGUGUGUGUUUUAUAAAGCGCUCAGCUGGUAACACACGGGACCUACUACUGAGGCUCAACGCUUAUAUACACUGCUCAAAAAAAUAAAGGGAACACUAAAAUAACACAUCCUAGAUCUGAAUGAAUGAAAUAAUCUUAUUAAAUACUUUUUUCUUUACAUAGUUGAAUGUGCUGACAACAAAAUCACACAAAAAUGAUCAAUGGAAAUCAAAUGUAUCAACCCAUGGAGGUCUGGAUUUGGAGUCACCAUCAAAAUUAAAGUGGAAAAACAACACUACAGGCUGAUCCAACUUUGAUGUAAUGUCCUUAAAACAAGUCAAAAUGAGGCUCAGUAGUGUGUGUGGCCUCCACGUGCCUGUAUGACCUCCCUACAACGCCUGGGCAUGCUCCUAAUGAGGUGGCGGAUGGUCUCCUGAGGGAUCUCCUCCCAGACCUGGACUAAAGCAUCCGGCAACUCCUGGACAGUCUGUGGUGCAACGUGGCGUUGGUAGAUGGAGCGAGACAUGAUGUCCCAGAUGGGAUUCAGGUCUGGGGAACGGGCGGGCCAGUCCAUAGCAUCAAUGCCUUCCUCUUGCAGGAACUGCUGACACACUCCAGCCACAUGAGGUCUAGCAUUGUUUUGCAUUAGGAGGAACCCAGGGCCAACCGCACCAGCAUAUGGUCUCACAAGGGGUCUGAGGAUCUCAUCUCGGGACCUAAUGGCAGUCAGGCUACCUCUGGCGAGCACAUGGAGGGCUGUGCGGCCCCCCAAAGAAAUGCCACCCCACACCAUGACUGACCCACCGCCAAACCGGUCAUGCUGGAGGAUGUUGCAGGCAGCAGAACGUUCUCCACGGCGUCUCCAGACUCUGUCACAUCUGUCACAUGUGCUCAGUGUGAACCUGCUUUCAUCUGUGAAGAGCACAGGGCGCCAGUGGCGAAUUUGCCAAUCUUGGUGUUCUCUGGCAAAUGCCAAACGUCCUGCACAGUGUUGGGCUGUAAGCACAACCCCCACCUGUGGACGUCGGGCCCUCAUACCACCCUCAUGGAGUCUGUUUCUGACCAUUUGAGCAGACACAUGCACAUUUGUGGCCUGCUGGAGGUCAUUUUGCAGGGCUCUGGCAGUGCUCCUCCUGCUCCUCCUUGCACAAAGGCGGAGGUAGCAGUCCUGCUGUUGCCCUCCUACGGCCUCCUCCACGUCUCCUGAUGUACUGGCCUGUCUUCUGGUAGCGCCUCCAUGCUCUGGACACCACGCUGACAGACACAGCAAACCUUCUUGCCACAGCACGCAUUGAUGUGCCAUCCUGGAUGAUCUGCACUACCUGAGCCACUUGUGUGGGUUGUAGACUCCGUCUCAUGCUACCACUAGAGUGAAAGCACCGCCAGCAUUCAAAAGUGACCAAAACAUCAGCCAGGAAGCAUAGGAACUGAGAAGUGGUCUGUGGUCACCACCUGCAAAACCAGUCCUUUAUUGGGGGUGUCUUGCUAAUUGCCUAUAAUUUCCAUCUGUUGUCUAUUCCAUUUGCAAAACAGCAUGUGAAAUGUAUUGUCAAUCAGUGUUGCUUCCUAAGUGGACAGUUUGAUUUCACAGAAGUGUGAUUGACUUGGAGUUACAUUGUGUUGUUUAAGUGUUCCCUUUAUUUUUUUGAGCAGUGUACUUCUUACCUUCGCCUGAAACGCACUCACUCAAGCACACACACACACACACACACACACACACACACUCUCUCUCUCUCUCUCUCUCUCUCUCUCUCUCUCUCUCUCUCUCUCUUUCUCACACAACAACCAUAACUAAAGUAAAGAACACAUCCUAUCUACAAUCUACCUGUAUCUCCGGCUCUCUGUCUCCUGCGAUCUCCUUCUCAGUUUCCCUGACAACGGUUUCCCCAGAAACAAGGUCUAGUUAAUGUCAUGCAGUAACAGAACGACAACAUCUCUACUCUGCUAGGUCUGCUGGGAGUAUUAACAAUGAGAACAGAGGAAGAGAAAACACACACACACUGUGUGAUGACUCACAAAUAAUCCAGCAUCCUACUUCUGGAGCACAACACUGCAACUUGAUAGCUCUUUGAAGAUUUCUCAUAAAAUUCUUAAACUUCCUGAAUUUGAUGAUCUAUAAAUAAUGUCUAACUUCUCAAGUUAUUCUUGUGCAUUGCGUCAGUUUGCCUGUAAACAAUUUGUCUGCUGCUUGCCUAAGGCAACCGGUAUUUAGCAUUUUAAAACUUGUUAUGAGCAUGUAUAACACUGUUAUGUAAUAUGCCAUUUAGCAGACGCUUGUAUCCAAAAGCGACUUCAAGUCGAGUGCAUACAUUUUUUACGUAUGGGUGAUCCCGGGAAUCUAACCUGCUAUCCUGGUGUUGCAAUCGCCAUGCUCUUCCAACUGAGCUACAGAGGACCAACUCUUAUGUCUUAAUAUCAACUCAUAAUGAUCUUGUUGUUAGCCAUUUUGAGUCUGAAUAAUAAUUGGCACAUACAGUGUUAUGAGUUGACAAGAAAACAGUAUACGGGCUCACACAUGCUUAUAACAAGUACUAAUGCCUUAUAAAUUGCUCUAUGUCUCCCUUUUAGACACCCCGGCCCUCCAGAAAGAGAAGAAGGUGAAAAAGAAGGUGGAAGAAGGAGAGAGUGUGAUACUGAAAUGUAACACUCCCUUCAGCACUGUUCCUCCUGUCAUCCACUGGAUGGACAAGAGUGAGUCUCUUUCUCUCGCUCUCUCGCUCUCUCUCUCUCUCUCUCUCUCUCUCUCUCUCUCUCUCUCUCUCUCUCUCUCUCUCUCUCUCUUUCUUUCUCUCUGUCUCUGUCUCUCUCUCCUGCUCUCCCUCUCUCUCUCUCUCCAUCUGUUUUUCUGAUCCUUAUCUGUCUUUAUCUGUCUGUCUCUCCAUCUGACUUUUAUCUGUUUUACCCCAAGACAUGCAUCUGUCUGUCAGUCUGUCUCUCUCCAUCUCUUUAACCAUCUGAUAUGUGAUGGUGUGUUCUUUUUGCUGAGUAUAACACGAAUAAACAAUAUUCUCUCUCUCUCUUCCUCCUCUCUUCCCCCUCCGCUCUCUCUCCCACUCUCACUCCCUCCCCCUCCAGGACUCCGUCACAUUGAGCUGAAUGAUCGUGUGACCCAGGGCCGGGACGGGAACCUCUACUUCUCUCACGUUACAGCUGACGACAACCGUAACGACUACACCUGUAACGCCCAGUACCUCAGUGCUCGCACCAUUCUCUCCAAGGAGCCCAUCAGCCUCACCGUAACCACCUGUAAGUACACCGUGCCUCAGUCACCAUGAUAACACCUGUAACGCACAGUACCUGAGCACCCGCACCAUCUUCUCCAAGGAGCCUAUCACUCUGACUGUUACAACCUGUAAGAAGUAGGCGGACGUCAGUAUCCAUGGUAACACACUGUAGACAUACCUUGGCCACCGUAGUAACACCUCAGAUAGUAGUACUAGUCAAUCACCGUCAAUUACUACCGAUAACGUCAGUCACCAUGGUACAGUAUGGGUUGUCUCAACCCCACUCUUUGUUAGUUACAAAGCCACUCUGACAUUGAUCAAAUGAGACACUGAUGGUACCGUAGCCCCCAGCCAAAACCACCUGGGGUAUAGGAGCAUGUCAGAUGUCUGUAGUGUUGCCUACAGUAGUGUGGCUACUGACCGUACAUGGUCAGCCAGCGGGGGGCUCUGUGAUCUGCAUAACACACUGGUAAUGAGUUGCUCUACACAUGCUGGGUUACAACUGUCAUACACACACUGUUAUUAACAGGCUAGGGCAGAGCUGCUAGCAUCUGUGGCUGUGUGAGAGAGGUCAAAGAGGGGAAAGGCUUAUUAUGGGAACAUGCCUCUGCUCUCUCUGUGUGUGUGUGUGUGUGUGUAUUUGUGUGAGAGGGAGGGGUGUGUGUGUGUGUGGGUGGGUGCUUGUGAGGGGAAAUAUGUUGUUAAGGGCUCUGAUCGCCACCUGAACCCGCCAGUGGUACAGUUCAGUGUGAGUGUCUGUCUGUGUGUGUGUGUGUGUGUGUGUUGUGACUGCUGUAUCAGCACCUUUGUACAGCUCUGGGCAACCUUGCAAUUACUUAUACAUAUGUAUGAACCUCUCUCUGUUUCUCCCUCCCUCUCUCUCCCUCCCUCUCUCCCUUCCUCUACCCCCUCUCCCUCCCGUCCUCCCUCCCUCCCUCGAUCUCCAGCUAACUCAGUGGUGCGGAACCGAAGGCCCCAGAUGAUGAGGCCCUCAGGGGCCCACAGCACUUACCACACCCUCCGGGGCCAGAGCCUGGAUCUAGAGUGCAUCGUCCAGGGCCUGUAAAUCUAACCCUCUCUCUCUUUAUUUCUGUGUUUGUGUGUGUGCGUGUACACGCAUAUAUUAUCUUACAUCCAUCAAUCAAUGUGAGCCUGUUUGACGUUCCUCUUCUUGACCCAUCUUGCCUCUUCCUCACCCCCCUCUCUCUCUCUCUCUCUCUCUCCACCCCCCCUCCCCCUCUCUCCCCAUCCCGCCCCCUCCAGCCCUACUCCUACGGUCCAGUGGGUGAGGAAGGACGGUCAGCUGUCCGAGUCUCGUACGUCCAGAGAACUGUCUGACCGCCUGCUGCGCUUCAGUAACAUCUCAGAGAGCGACGGGGGAGAGUACCAGUGUUCAGCCGACAACUCACAGGGCAAGGUCACACACACCUACACCGUCAGCGUCGAAGGUACGGAAUAUAUACUAUCUAAACAGCAGAGGUUGUUGCUGUUCUGUGUGUUCUGUGAGAUCAAAUCAAAUCAAAUCAAAUGUUAUUUGCCACAUGCGCUGAAUACAACAGGUGUAGACCUUACAGUGAAAUGCUUACUUACAAGCCCUUAACGAACAAUGCAGUUUUAAGAAAAAUAAGUGUUCAGUAAAGAAAUAGAUAAGUAAAUAACAAAUAAUUAAAGAGCAGCAGUAAAAUAAAAUAACAGUUGGGAGGCUAAAUACAGGGGGUACUGGUACAGAGUCAAUGUGUGGGGGCACAGGUUAGUCGAGGUAAUUGAGGUAAUAUGUACAUGUGGGUAGAGUUAAAGUGACUAUGCAUAGUCACAGAACUGUGUUCUGUGUGUUCUGUGUGUUUGGUGUGUUCUGUGUAUUCUAUGUGUUCUAUGUACGUUGAUUGUUACGUAUGAUCUUGUUGUUAUGGUGUGGUUUUUUUGUAAUACUAUUGGGUGUUAAUGCUGUUUUAAUCUGUGUAAUAUUAUCAUAUGCUUUAUCAUUGCAUUCUGUAUACUGUUGUGUUUUAUGUAGUGUGGUGUGCUAUUGUUUCUAAUACAUUGGUGUGUAUAAUACUGUUAUUGUAUUGUGUGUUUUGUCAUAGCUGCUCCGUACUGGACCAAGGAGCCAGUGAGCCAGCUUUAUGCCCCAGGAGAGACAGUGAGACUGGACUGUCAGGCCGAUGGCAUUCCCUUUCCUUCUGUCGCCUGGAGCAUGAAUGGAAAUCCCAUCACAGGUCAGGAAUCACACACACACACACACACAUUUGACCUAUAGUAUGCACUAACAAGGUUUUACUGCAAACUCAGCGUAUUACACCUACUGCUGCUCUACAUAAGUCAAAUUUAGGGUUGGGUUGCUCAUUUGAAUUUCCUGUCUUUUUGCUAUUGCCAACUCUAAAUAAUUUAUUUGAAAUCGAGUUUUCAUAUUUAAUAUGGCAGUCAGUAUUGUGCUUUGGUAGAAUGUCUUGCUGACUUGCUGUGUGUGUGUCCAGGUAUAGACCUGGACCCCAGGCGUACUGUGAGAGAUGGAGUUCUGAUUCUGAGAGAUGUGGUCUUCACUGAUACAGCAGUCUACCAGUGUCAGGCCCACAACAAACACGGAACCAUCCUAGUCAAUACCUACAUAUUUGUCAUCGGUGAGGAGGUGCUCUAUGUGUGUGUGGGGGGGGGGGGGGGGGGGGGGGGGGGGGAGAGAAUGUGUGUGUGUGUGUGUGUAUGUGUGUGUUCAUGUAUUUGCUAACAACAAGUAGGUCGCAUUGAUAAACCUGUUCCCCGGUAUCCUGUUCCAGAGCUGCCGCCUCAGAUCCUGAGUGCGGACGGACAGACGUACACCGUCAUAGAGGGACAGAAGGCUGUUCUACACUGUCAGACCUUUGGGUCUCCCAGACCUAAAGUUACAUGGUGAGACCCACGCCUGUAUGAGUUUCUAUUCUAUUCUAUGAAACCAGCUUAUUUAAUUAGAUUGAGAAAAUCUUCCAACAAAGAACAAAUGUGUCACUCUCCUCAUUGACAACCAGUCAGACAAAAUCCUACCUUGGUCUGUUUAACGAACAUUACAGUUCUGGCUCUCGGUUUUACACCUUCUCUGGCUGUGUUUUCUGUAUAGUCAUCUCUAUGUAUCUCUGUGUAUUUCCUUUCCAGGGAGGUGGACAUUGACGCUUCUCUACUGGCUGACCCCAGGGUUAACCUUCUGACCAAUGGAAACCUCCAGAUCACCAACGUCUCCCACGGCGAAGAGGGCAUGUACACCUGCUCCAUCAGCAACACCAACAUGUCAAUCAACGCCAAGCUGGAGGUGCUGAGUGAGUAGGCCAUGAACCACACACAGGGACGCAUACACACACACACGUAUACAUAAAUGCCCACAUACCGUACAGACUCAUGCUGACACAUUCAAUCACAUGCACAGCACACACAUUAUGCACACUAAUUCUCUCUCUCUCUCUCUCUCUCUCUCUCUCUCUCUCUCUCUCUCUAACCCUCUAUCUAAUCCUGUCUCUAUCUAACCCAUUCUCUUUCUAACCCUCUCUCUCUCAAAGACAGGACAGUGAUCCUGUCUCCUCCCGGGUCUCUGCGUGUUCAGCCUGGGAAGACGGCCAUAUUUACCUGCCUGGGUCAGGUGGAUGCCAAACUGACCCCCCCACACAUCCAGUGGAGGAGGAGUGGACACAAACUCUUCCAAUCAUACGCGGAGGACAAGUAAGGACAUGUUUAGUCUGUUGCUGAGAAGGCUGUGUGUGUGUGUCUGUCUCUCUGUGUAUGUGUGUGUGCACUUGUUUUCCUGCCUUAUCAGGACACCAAUGUCCUAACAUUUCACCUUAAUGGCUUAGGUUUAGGUUAAGGGUUAGGGUUUUUGGGGUUAGGGUUAGGUUAAGGGUUAGGGGUAAUGGUAAAACAAAUGUACACUCCAGAAAGUCCUGAAAAUUCAUGAAAACACAGCUGUGUGUGUGUGUCAGCACCUGUACGGCUCUUUACGGUAUUACGAUAUUCAUAUGUACGGUAAAGGUAUAUGUAUGACGACGAGACUAUAAUAAUGACGAGGGUAAUGACAAUACUGACAAAGAUGUGUCCCUAUAUCCAGGUACACGUUUGAGGGCCCAGACCUGAUCGUGGCCAACGUGCAGACAGAGGACGAGGGGGUUUACGUCUGUGAGGUCAUCACAAACCUGGAUAUGGCUGAGGCCAGCGGAUCCAUCACGCUAGUCGGUAUGGAAAUGUCCCAUUUCAAUGUCAUAUUUCAUUUGUAGUAUGAUGUUGCCAGUGCUUCUAUACUGUACUACUAUGCAGUGAUGCAUUAAUGCUGUGUUUUUAAUACAUUUUCCAUAGUUGGUAUGGAAAUGUCCCAUGUGAAUGUCAAAAUGUUUGGUAUUGUGGUAAACCUCUGUUGUGUUAUAUUAUGCAGUAAUACGUUGAUGCUGUGUACAGUAGACAGUGUACUCUAGGUAUAACUUACUGUAUGCUGUAGUAAAUUCAGAAACAUUUUCCACUACAGUUGGUAUGGAAAUACAAACAUAUGAUAAUGUUAACACCAUGUGGCAUAAUGUUUCUACAGCGUUUUGUAUUUCUUUCUUUCAAUAUGUAGUGUUAAAUUGAUACUGUGCUGCAUGCCUCAACUGGUGCUGAACUGUUAACCCUAAAUUGAUUUCUCCCCCACCCCCCCCACUCCAGACCGUCCGGAUCCCCCCACCCAGCUCCAGAUCUCUGACCCUAAAGACCUCAGCGUGACUCUCAGCUGGACCGCUGGAGAUGACCACAACAGCCCUGUCAUAGGUACAGACAUGAUACUGAAUGAACACAACAGCCAACAAUACACAACUGACACUAAUACUAGACCUGGGUUCAAGUAGGAUUUGUUUUCUUCCAAACGCUUGAUUGCGCUUGCUUGGCACAAUGGAACCAAUGUAAUAGCCCCAACAUUGCAAAUUGCAAACCCCGCCUAUCUGUCAUUCCAGGCAAGCUCAAUCAAAUGCUCAAAAGAAUUAGCCGAAAAAAAGAAAAAAAUGUUUAACCCAGGUCCGAUUGAUACUAGAUCACUGUAAUGCUUUGAACUAUAAACCCAUAGCUAUCGUAUCAUGUAUUUCCCCAUGGGAGAGUGAGGUCAUGUUUCCAAUAUUAUUUUCACAGCUGUCCAGGGCUGGGGACAGAAUGGACACUGCUGCCUGCCUUUGAUAACCAGAUCACUUUGAGGCUUUGCACUUUGAAUUACCAACCCCAUAUCGUAUCAUAUUAUAUUAUUGUAUCUCUCCUGAGAACAUGAAAACGUGUUAUCUCAUUACAUGGACUGUGAUUUCUCCAUUGUCACAUAUUACUUAAUAUCUUCUGCUUAGUGGCAUUGUCACUGAUGGCUGAUGCUCUCUCUCCCCCCCCCUCCCCCAUCCUUCCCUCCAGAGUUUCUGGUGGUGUUUGAGGAUCAUGUUUCUAAGGAGCGGAGUUGGGAGGAGCUGAAAAGUGUUAGUGGGACCAAAGAGAGCGUGACCCUUGCCCUGCAGCCCUACAUGUCCUACCGCUUCCGGGUCAUCGCCAUCAACGACAUUGGGAAGAGUGACCCCAGCACGCCUUCUGACCUUCACAGCACGCCACCUCAAGGUUAGAUACACCUAUCAAGUGUGUUUGUGUGCGUAAAAAAAGGAAAUGCCUAGUGGUUUCAACUCAUGGAAUCUUUACACCCGCUAGUACCUAGAAUAUAUACACCCGCUAGUACCUAGAAUAUAUACACCCGCUAGUACCUAGAAUAUAUACACCCGCUAGUACCUAGAAUAUAUACACCCGCUAGUACCUAGAAUAUAUACACCCGCUAGUACCUAGAAUAUAUACACCCGCUAGUACCUAGAAUAUAUACACCCGCUAGUACCUAGAAUAUAUACACCCGCUAGUACCUAGAAUAUAUACACCCGUUAGUACCUAGAAUAUAUACACCCGCUAGUACCUAGAAUAUAUACACCCGCUAGUACCUAGAAUAUAUACACCCGCUAGUACCUAGAAUAUAUACAUCCGCUAGUACCUAGAAUAUAUACACCCGCUAGUACCUAGAAUAUAUACACCCGUUAGUACCUAGAAUAUAUACACCCGCUAGUACCUAGAAUAUAUACACCCGCUAGUACCUAGAAUAUAUACACCCGUUAGUACCUAGAAUAUAUACACCCGCUAGUACCUAGAAUAUAUACACCUGCUGUAUAGUCCAGUAGAUACAUUUUGUUUUUAAAUUAACUUUGGUAUAGAAGCAUUAAAAUUGGCACACAUGAACAAAACCUGAUAUAGUGCCAUUUCAUCAAAGCCUCAGGUCGGCAUGUAGUGGUGGUGAAAAUGCAAUUUUAGUUUUGGGUCAUGGCUUCUCCUGUGAUGGGUCAACAUGGCCCCAAAAAUAUGUCGGACCUCAUGGGUUUUUGAAGCAAAUUUGUUCCUUAUGAUGAGAAACACUGAUAUACCAAGGUUCGUGGUUAUACAUCAAACGGGGCGAUGGGGCUGAGCCUUAGACUUUGAAUGGUUAUUAUAGCACCACCUAUGGGCCAAUAGGUGCUGUUGGUAUCUGAGUAGCAGUGUUGAUAUACUUUGAUAUUACCAAUGUAGAAAACAUUUUACUAAUCGGGCAUUGAGAUAUUGCGACAAAGGCAGAAGAAUAAUAAGAAAGAAAGAAGAAUUACUUGCAAUUUUGCUGCCAAAAUCUAUCAAUGGAGAUGUGUUCCAAUGGUAAGUUCUGUCCCUUGAUGAGAAUUGUGUCCUCUCCAAAAGAAGUGUGUUUUUCAUGGCCCUAAUCUCCCAUAUACAGUGCGGUCUGAAAUGAUUAACACCUUUAUAAAGAUGAGUAAAAAUGACUGUAUAAAAUAAAUAAUUCAAAUACUGAGCUAUAUUGUAUGCAAAAACAUUUAUAUCUUUAAACUAAUACAAUUGCUCAGAGAAAGAGAUUUUGUUUAACAAUGUUUUUUUUUUUUUUAAAGGUAGGGAUCAAAAUGAUUGACACCCCUGUUUUCAAUAACUUUCAAUACCUCACCUUGCGAGAAUAAUGGCACUGAGCCUUUUUCUAAAAUGUUUUAUGAGUUGGAGAACACAUUUUGAGGGAUCUUAGACCAUACCUCCAUACAGAAUAAUGAAAACUUGUGGUUUGAAUUGAAGAGGGCAGUCCAGUGCAGACAAAGGAUAUCCUUGCAAAGUGAGGUAUUGAAAGGAAUUGAAAAUAGGGGUGUCAAUAAUUUUGACCCCUACCAUUUUGAGGGGGAAAAAGUAUUACUUGUGAAACAAAAUCUCUUUCUCUGAGCAAUUGUAUUAGUAUAAAACAAUUGAAUUUUCCAAUUUUUUUAGCAUACAAUAUUUACAUUUACAUUUUAGUCAUUUAGCAGACGCUCUUAUCCAGAGCGACUUACAGUUAGUGCAUACAUUUUUAUACUGGAAUCGAACCCACAACCCUGGCGUUGAAAAUGCCAUGCUCUACCAACUGAGCUACAUCGGAUUGGAAUUAUUUAUUUUAUACAGUCAUUUUUGCUCAUCUUUAUCAAGGGUGUCAAUAAUUUCAGACCCCACUAUACAGUAUAUAGUGAAACUAGCUCCCAACUAACUCUGAAUCAAAGCUGUUCAAUGGAGUUUCAGUGUUUUUGCAGUCAGAAGCAUGCAGUCAGUGGAACCAGAGUUUAUUUGCUCACACGGUCAUAUAUGGACUACAUCUUCCUACUAAAUACAUUCCCAAUUUUGGUAUUCCCGUUCCUGCUUACAUCUAGAAAAAUACUUUCAUUUUCUGUUUGAAUAAUGUUCAGUGGUUACUUCCUUUUGUGUUUUUUACACACACUCUUCUGAGCAGAAGAGACACUGAAGAGAGAGACACAAGGAGAAGUCUCUAAUCCUGCAUCUCAGUAUUCCAUUCCUGAAUUUGAGUAUGACACACUGUCCCCGGGUCAUCUCUUUUAGUCUUUUUCAUGUUGGCAUCAUUCUCGCAGCGCACUAGACAGCCGACAAUGAGCCUUUUAAAGUAAUGUUCCCCGACAUUUGCAGAGAUCACAUUCACAGUAAACACUACGCAUGUGGGCUCAAUAACAGCACUUUAAAAGUCUGUUAUAGGGAUAUAACACAGCUCAGAUUGAUUCCCGACCUUUGCCUUGUUUAGAUGUAGCAACAGUGGUAAGACCCAGACAGCACAAACAGCACAUGUUCUUGACCUAUUGUGUCAUAGAGAGUCCCAGGAGAACAAACAUCAGAGUGUAUAAACGACUGGACCUAUACUUGGCACCAUUGAAACAUCAACAGGCAGUGAGAAAGACUUUCUGUACAGAGACAAAGGCGGACAUAUUGAGAUAUGAUGCUGGCGGUGUGUGUCACUGUUAUCCUGGGUCUUCUCCCUUUUACCUCUGAGGAACUCCUGAGAUCAUCGGAGCAGCGCAGCCUCAAUCAGACUCUGGAUAAGUGGGUGUCUAUUGCUGAGAGUUCAGACCGUCCUUCCUGGGAGUUCAUGCUGAUGUUAUCACAUAGUGCAUGGAUAGGUGUCUCUGUGCCUGUUAGUACCCAGAACAACUCCCUUGACGUCACCCAGUUCCAUGACUUAAGAGGAACAUGCUUCAGGAUCAUCUUUAACUUGACUCUGCAUGACAAUAACACCUCAGUGAUACCUGUCUCUGUUACUGAGGUCCUCCUGACAACAUGCACAGACUGUCUCCUCACCCUGCAGAGAUGCACUGAGGCUGGGAAGCCCUACAACUCUCUAAAGCUCCUUGAGUAGGAGAAGGGAGCUCACUGCUGUGGAACCAACAAGUACAAUAGGGUUUCUUGCAGCUUCGCUGGGAUUGGCAUGGGGUGUGGGGGGUCCGUUGGUAGAUUUUGACCAUUUGUUUUGGAUUCGUCAUGUCUUCCUCAUUGUUAGGAAGAAUUUUAGUCCAAAUCGGAUGUUGGGUACUAUAUUUAUUGAAUAUUAUCUAAAUCCUAUUCAUUAAAAUUGCAAUUUUGGGUGCAAUCAAUUAGCUUAUCGGUUUCUAACUACAGAAAUGAUUUCAGAACAAUCUUAGUGGGUGUCAUGGCUUGCUGAAUUUACAUGGAAUGACUCACAUGACAAUGUCUGCUCACUGUUUUACUGCUCCCAAACAUGAUCUUUUAAUAAAGCUUCGGUGAUUCAGAUGUAUUUCAAGGAGGUCUCACGAGCAAAAUCCUUUAUUGAUAGGCUUAGCUACUUGGUGAAUACAUUGGGCAGCUAUGCUUGGUUUUUAAUCAAAUGAAACAAAAAGCAUUCAUUUUUUAUAUUUCUAAAUAUGAAGUUCACCGGCACAAAAAGCACAUGGGCACUGUGCGUCAUUGGCUGGAUAGGCUGCGCUUCCAUUCUCAAAAUCCAUGCCAUUACCAACCACGUUACUGCUAAGACCUGCUUCUGGAAGGUCUUAAAUCUCCCCAUUUGCGCUGUCUGAAAUUUGCACUUUGGUGCAUGUUUUUAAGGACACAGCUCAGAUAUUGCCAAAUGUGGUGCAAUGGUUUCCUGUCAUGUUUCUUAAAGGUGACACAGUAAAUAAUAUCAUAUUAUGUAUCCUUGUAAUCAGUAGACUUCAGGGAGCACUUAUAUAAAACAAAUUUGAAAGUAAAAGGUAACUUUGUAUUUAAUACAUAAUCAAAAUUUGACUGCGAUUUCUUAUGGUUUCUCAUCAUUGUUGCGAUCAUGAAGGAAAAAACAAAGGCCAUAUGAUUGCUGAUUAAAUUAGUUCCCCAAACGAAUACAUAUAUUUUAAGCUAUUUUGGGGCCACAUAGAUCCAACUCCGGGGAAGCCAAGAACCAAAACGAAAUGCAGAUAAAUGCAUUUUCACCAUUGACCUAUAGGGGCGCUAGAGACCGACCUUAGGCUUACAAGUAUGCCAAUUUUAAUGCUUCUCUACCAAAGUGAACAAUAUGGUCUCUUUUUUUAGCUUAUCAUCUGGACUAGUAGUGAAUAUACUGUAUUAUUAUCUGCAUGUAGACCUACAGUACUUCCUAAAAUAGAUUGAACAUCAAAACGUUCCAUAUCUGCAGGGUCAGGGAGUAACUGAUUCCAUGUAAUCUGAUUACAAUAACACUAGAUUAUUACUUUUAAAUUCAGAAAGGAUGUUUGCAAAAAAAUACAUUAUGGCAGCUUUCUGUUUCACAAUGACAUUCAACUCAGCAUUGAAAAAAAUAUGCACGUUUAAGUUUGUUCCACCUGAGUGAGUCUGACCACAAGACAGAGGCAGAGACCACUAUGAUGACACACCAAAUGCUUUUGAUGGAUAAUUUUUCGUCUUCUUCUAAAGCCUCUUAAGGGGAAAGCAAUCCAAAAGUAACUGAAAGUAAUCAAUUUUGGGUAAUCAAAAAGUUACAUUACUGAUUACAAUUUUGGACAGUUAACUAGUAACUGUAACGGAUUACAUUUAGAAAGUAACCUACCCAACCCUGCCUAUCUGAUUUGGGAUUCCACCCCCUUCCCCUCUCCACAGCUCCAGACAACAACCCUGAGGAUGUGAGGAGUGAGUCUACAGACCCAGACACCCUGGUCAUCACAUGGGAGGUAAGACUCUUUCUUAUGUUAGACUGUUCUGGCACCUUUUACAUGAAUGUUCCACCGAAACUGGAAAAUGUGUUAAUAAAAAAAUAAUGGGAGAAAAACGUUGAAAAGGCAGAAAAUGGUAGGCUAAACUUGUAUACCUGAAGCUCAUCCCAAAAAACGUUGAAAUGGCAGAAAAUGGUAGGCUAAACUUGUGGGCUUGUGUGUACUCCCAUUCUGAUUGGCUCGUGUCCCUGUCUGUCACAGGAAAUGGACAGGCGUGAGUUCAACGGACCAGAGUUCCACUACAAGGUGUUCUGGAGGAGGGUACUAGGUGACGGCCCCACCUGGCACUCUAAUGUCACCACUGAGCCACCGUACAUCGUUACUGAAGUGGGCAACUUCUCAGCCUUCGAGAUCAAAGUACAGGCUGUCAAUCAGAAAGGGGCGGGACCUGAGCCAGACCCUGUCAUUGGCUACUCCGGAGAGAAUGGUGAGAUGUUGUUUUAGAAUUCUGUCUUUCUGUAAUGAUCUCUCUUUCUUUAUCUCUCUCCCUCCCCUCUCUAUAUUUUAUUUCUUUAUCUCUCUCACAGACUCUCUAUAUAUCUCUCUUUCUCUUCUCUCUUUCUGUCUCUCCCUCUCUCUCUGUCUCUCUCCCCCUCUGUCUCUCUCUCUCUCUCUCUCUCUCUCUCUCUCUCUCUCUCUCUCUCUCUCUCUCACGUUCCUGUUCUCAUCUCUCUCUUGUUCUCUCUCUCCUCUUUAUCUCACUCUAAUGACUAUCAAUUAGUCUAUUGUGUUUAGGCCUACUGGAAAACAGUACAAUAAUAAGCACUCAAGUGAUUAUGAUGCUGAGCAAGGUAAUGACUGUAUCUCUCUUUUCUCUUCUCUCUGUAUCCCCCCUCCCUCCCUCCCUCCCUCCCUCUCUCUCUCUCUGCAUCCCCCUCCCUCCCUCCCCCCUACCUCCCUCCAUCCCUCCCUCCCUCCUUCUCUCUCUCUCUCUCCCGCUCUCCUCCCUCCCUCCAGUCCCCCUGGAGGCUCCUAUGGAUGUGGGUGUGGUGCUACUCAACAGUACAGCCAUCAAGGUAACAUGGGCAGCAGUGGACAGAGAUACUGUCAGAGGACACCUACUGGGAUAUAAGGUACUUGCAGCUCAUCCAUUGUUUGUCUCCAGCUCUGGCACUCAGUGGUUACAUGUUUUUCUCAUUUCCACCUGUGACCCCUGUAACCUCUUCCCUACUCUGUGUGUCAGAUCAACAUCAUAAACAUUACAUUAUGGCUACAUAGAGCCUUAUAACCCAUUAUAACCUCUUCCGUCCUGGAUCUUCCUGAUGAGGUUUAGCUCUAGGGGCCACUAACCGGGGCAGCAUACAUUACACAUCAUGAACAUGACAUUAUAGCUACAUAAAGCUACAUAGAGCAUUAUUAACACUUAUAACCCCUUCUAUCCAUCAGAUCCACCUGACAAGGUUCGGCUCCAGGGGCCACCACCGGGGCCGGAGGGCCAGAGAGCCAGAGAGCAGCAUGGUGGUGGAGACAGGGGCCAACGAGGAGAAGAGGGUCCUGGGGGGCCUUAGACCCUACUCCCACUACACCCUCACUGUCACUGUGUUCAACAGCAAGGGAGAGGGGCCCCCCUCCGACCCCCCCCUGUCCUUCAAUACCGACGAGGGAGGUGAGAGAAAGAAGGGAGUGGGAGAAAAUGAGUGGGUGGGGUGAAGGAAAGGAGAGGGAGAGGAGAGGUGGAAGGGGGGUGGUGGGAGGGAGAGGAGGGGAGGGUGGUAUUUUGAGAGAUAGGUAAAUGGAGCAGAAGGAGAGAUGAGGGAGGGAGAUGGGAAAGAAUGGAUAGAUGAAAUAGAAAAAAAGGGUCAAAUAAAGCAAAGCGCCAUUACAUUUGGGGGGAUGGAAAGAACACAAAAACAGAUACUUAAACUAAAGACAAGAAUGGGCUUUGAUGCGUGUGUAACAGAGACAGACAGAGAGAGUGUGCACUGCAGUGGAAGCAUAUCUAAUCAAGCCUGUCUGUGUCCCUGUCAGCUCCUGGCCCCCCCAUGUCUCUCCACCUGGACAGCCCUGCAGAGACGGAGAUGACCCUCCACUGGACCCCCCCUGCUCAGCCCAAUGGGGUUCUCAAAGGAUACCUGCUGCAGUACCAACAGAGUGGGUAUCUUUCUUUCUUCAUCUCUCACUCUUUCUGUAUAUCUUUCUAUCUUUGUCGUCUAUGGUACCCAUACCUUCAUCUAGACCUUAAUUAUAUAUACUUCUCUGUCUUGUAAAAGACAAUAAUGCUUCUUGACGAGUCAAUAGCCAUCUUCUCACUGAACAUCAGUGACAUUGACAUAUUGUUGAUGUAUCACCAGUCACUACUGGAGAUGGCUAGUGGUAGUACAAUCAAUAUCAAUCAAUCAAUCAAUCAAUCAAUAAUUAGCCGUCCAUACUUCAGAUUCAGAUCAUCAAUACUAAAUCAAUAUCCCUAAGGCUAAUUCAGACCAACUUAAAAUGUUAUAGAUUAAGUCCAAUGUAGACUCUCCCCCGACAGACAUGUUCCCGCUCUAAGACUGCAUGUGACGCUAAAUCAGAGACAAACCUAUAACAUAAUUGAUUGCCCGUGAUUGGUUGGCUGUUCCUUUAUCUCUUUUUGUAGUCGUGGAGAGUGAUGACAGCCCGGUGCAGGUGGAGACCAUAGACGACCACACGCUGACGAAAUUGACCCUGAAGCAGUUGGACCCCAAGAGCCGUUACCGCUUCUACCUGAGGGGGCGCACUUCGGCCGGGGACGGAGAGCCCAUCACAAGGGAGGGCGCCACUACGCUGGACGGAGGUAGUACUGCAGGAGGAUUAGAAUUAGAUGUAUUUUUCUUAUUUAUUGUCCAUGCAAUGUGGAAUUUUGUAAUCCGCUUCACACACAUAAAAACAGACAUUAAACAUUAUGUUUACUGGUGUGUUUAUCACAAUGUAGUUAUAUUGUGGAGUAUUAGGGGUUAAGAAAUAUUAUUACAGCUGGUUAACACUAACAGGAUGCUGCUCCAUUUGUUGAUGCAAAACUGAUCGUUUGAAAUUGUGAAGGGAGGGUGAGAGAGCUUAUAAUUACCCCUUCUCAACCGUUUCCAGCUCCUCCGUCCAACAUCAGCUUGUCUGUAGGAGAGAAGUCUGUUAACCUGAGCUGGGUGCCAGGCCAGAGACACAGGAGUGUGGGCUUCCAGGUCCAGUACCUCAACAAGAACAGUAAGCUACCAGCUGACCAACAGUAUGCCUGUGGGAAAACCAAACACCUUUUUUUCACUCCCCUGUCUGUAAGCAAGAAAAAAAAUGAAUAUUUUGCCUAUUUCCAUGUGUGAACCACCCUCUCAUUUUUACUGAAUAAAUACAUAGAAUGAACAGAAUAAACAAAUACAUUAUUUUGUCUCCAGGCGGUGGAAAGUGGAAGCAGUCUGAGAAGCUGAACUCGUCCCAGUCGUUCUACCAGCUGAAGGGUCUAACCCCAGGAUCACAGUACCGGCUCAGAUUCACCUUCAGCAACAACACCUUCUGGGAGACAGAGAUCAGGACCGAGGGAGCAGGUAGACCUAGCACACACACACACACCUAGAUACACACCGCACACACACACACACCUAGAUACACACCGCACACACACACCUAGAUACACACCGCACACAUGAUUCACUUUUAACAAUAACACCUUCUGAGAACAGAACCGAGGGAGCAGGUAGUGAGACAACACACACACACACAAUGACGCAGGCAGGCAGGAACACCAGAGGAGGCUGGUGGGAGGAGCUAUAGGAGGACGGGCUCAUUGUAUUGGCUGGAAUGGAAUUCAUGGAACAGAGUCAAACGUGGUUUCCAUAUGUUUGAUGUGUUUGAUACCGUUCCAUGUAUUCCAGCCAUUACUAUGAGCCCAUCCUCCUAUAGCUCCUCCCACCAGCCUCCCCUGACUCACACACACACACACACACACACACACAUACAUACACACACACUCCUCUGGGCCCACUGCUUGCGUCUGACAGCAACACUCUGCUGCAGCUCUAUCAGUGUGAAUUGCUUCUUUUUUUUUUUAUGUCCUAGAUGACAUAGACUAAAUGGCAAAGCGUUCAGCCGCUAUAUGAAAAGUUCAGUUAGUGGUAUUUGUUUUGGGCAUUGGACUGUAUUCCCUACAUCUCUAGUGUAAUGUAUGUUAGGUUACGUCCGUCCGUCCGUCCGUCCGUCCGUCCGUCUGUCUGUUAGUGUGUGUGUGGACUGAGCCCCUGUGUGUGCGCUCCAGAUCCACUCUCUCUCUUCUUAAUCUCUUCUCUUCCUUUCAUCUUUUCUUUCAUCCCCAUCCCUCCCUCUCCGAUCCCUCCCUCACUCUCUCUCUCUCUCUCUCUCUCUCUCUCUCUCUCUGUAGCAGUGGUGGAUGUGCAGUCAGGUUUCGCUACUCAGGGCUGGUUCAUUGGGCUCGUGAGCGCCAUCGUGCUGUUGCUGCUGGUACUGCUCAUCCUCUGCUUCAUCAAGAGGAGCAAGGGGGGAAAGUAUUCAGGUAGGUCUAAAUAUAGCAACAUGCACCAGACAAAUACCUGACAAACCAGGUCAGGUCUAACAAACCACAUAUACUGUAGAAUGUAGUUUCUAACAAGUAGGAAGUUCUAAGAAACUACAUAUACCAGAUAGUUUCUGAGAAACCAUACAUGUCAGGCAGUUUGUAACAAAUGUUAUUUUUUUAUUUUUUUAUUUAACCUUUAUUUUGACAGGGACGACAUAUUGAGACCUAGGCAACUCAGGUGUCUAUACUUCAACAGAAAAGUUAGAUAAGACGGAAGUUUAUGAAGUAGGGCCUUGUAAACAAAAUGGGAGUAAUGUAGAGAUCUACGGGUCUUUAGCGAAUACAGGAUACAGUGAUGAAUAUCUAAACUGUCGCCUGUAACAAAAUAGAGCGGCAGGUAGCUUAGUGGUUAAGAGCGUUGUGCCAGUAACCGAAAGGUCGCUGGUUCUAAUCCCCGAGCCGACUAGGUGAAAAAUCUGUCGAUGUGCCCUUGAGCAAGGCACUUAACCCUAAUUGCUCCUGUAAGUCGCUCUGGAUAAGAGCGUCUGCUAAAUGACAUAAAUGUAAUGUAAUGUAAAACGAAGGGCGCUAUGGUGGAUGGCAUCCAAAGGUUUAAGAGUAGGUUUAAGAGUAGUAGCAGCUGCACUUUGAUGAAUAAUAUCAUCAUAAUCAAGAACAGAUAAAAAGGUUGACUGAAUAAUCUGCUUCCCACUGCUUAGAGAAAGGCACACUCUGUUUCUGUAGAGAAUGCCAACUUUAAAUCUUAGCUUCUUAAACAGCUCAUCUAUGUGUUUUUUAAACGUCAAAUCCAUAUCAAUCCAAAUGCCUAAGUAUUUAUAUGCGGGAACACGUUCGAUUGGAGAACCAUCUAAUGAGUGAACAUGUAGUUCAUCUGAAACAUUCUUACGAGAGUUUAAAAACGACAUGUAUUUCGUUUUGCACUUAUUAAGCAUGAGUUUUAAAUCAGCAAGCGAUUCCUGCAUAGCUAUAACAUCUGACUGUAGUUUUGACACAGCCAGAUCAACAGUCGGGGCAAUAGCAUACAUAAUAGUAUCAUCCGCAUAUAGAUUAAGUUAAACAAAAUGUUACUGAUUGACCAAUGGUGUUUAUAUAAACAGUGUUUUUUAUGUACUUAACCCUAUCAUUCACGAUAGCCUGAGUUCUGUCACCAAGAUAAUCAUGAAACCAAGAACAGGCGUCAGAGCUCAGGCGUAUCGAGGACAACUUAUUCAAUAAAAUAGCAUGAACAACACUCUCAAAAGCUUUUGACAGGUCCAAAACAAAGCAGCACAUUUCAUUUUAGUGUCUAAAGCAUUGACAAGCUCAUUAACAAUUAAAGUGGUUGAUGUAAUAGUGCUAUGCCCAGGCCUAAACCCGGAUUGAUUUACAUUCAAAAUACAUUUAUCAGAUAAAAGAGAGCAAAGUUGUACAUUUACCAAGGAUUCGAGAAUCUUAGCUAGAAAAGGAAGCCUUGAAAUGGGGCGACAAUUAUUAAGAUCACUACUAUCCCCGCCCUAAUGGAGUGGCAGUUAUUUCCUGAUAACAAUGUAAAAAAAAAACAUUUAUGGGUUAUUGAGCCAACAAUGAUGGGCGCUGCACACUUAACCAAACCAGGAUCCAAUUUAUCGGCCCCCUUUGGAUUUCUUGUUGUCUUGGGCUCCGGAGUGGCGCAGUGGUCUAAGGCACUGCAUCUCAGUGCUUGAGGCGUCACUACAGACCCCCUGGUUCGAUUCCAGGCUGUUUCACAACCGGCCGUAAUUGCGAGUCCCAUAGGGCGGCGCACAAUUGGCACAGCGUCGUCCGGGUUUGGCCGGUGUAGGCCGUCAUUGUAAAUAGCCUAAAAGAAAAGCUUUGACCAUAAUUUAUCUGAUCUUUCAGCAAGUUUCCCCUCUUUCAGCAUCCAGCCCAAUAUCAUUGUGAAUAGGCUUAGAAGUUCACAUAUAUCAGUCAAACAAACGAUACGUAGCAGACCAGGUAGCUCUACGAAACCACAACACAUGUGCUCUGCUGCUAUUUCAAUUCCUGGCCAGUGUCGGUCAUUACCAAACCCCCAGCCAGCUACUAGCUUAGAGAGGAGCUUUUACUGAUUAAUGAACAGAUACUGAAAUUCAAUAACCUCUCUCUCUCGCUCUCAGUCAAAGAUAAGGAGGAGGGUCAGGUAGACUCUGAGGCGCGCCCUAUGAAGGAUGAAACAUUCGGAGAGUACAGGUUGGUCUAUCUAAUCAGAUUAUAUAUUGAUUGUUACGCAUUGAUCAUCUAUUAAUAUAUAUUUACUAACUCAAGCCUGCUGAUCAUAUCAUCAUUGAAUAUUAGCACAGAGUUAAAAGGAUAGUUCAUCCAAGUUACAAAAUGACAUUUUGGUUUCCUUACCCUGUAAGCAGUCUUUGGAAAAGGUAAGACAGCAAUCCAUGUUUUGGCUUUGUUUACCUGGUUGCUGUCACCAAAUGCUUACCUUAAACCCAAUGCAAGUCAAUAUCCUCCAAUUUAGCAUGUUUUAAAUGUCAUGCCAAAAUCAACAUGAUCGCUUUGAUUCCCUGAUUGAAAAAUUAAAAGUAGGUUUUUAUCAUUAUACUCUUUCCCCUAAUGCUUGCCCCUGCUUUUCCAGAUCUCUAGAAAGGUAUGAUGUAAAGUGCUCUACUGUGCAUGCAGCCUCUGCUACUUAUUUGAAAUAGUGAAUGUUUUUUGUAGAGGCUCUCCUAUUUCUCCUCUCAUUUGCCCAAUAUCCCUUACCCAAUACCCUUCCUGUGGCAACAUGAUGCAAUACAAGACCUUGGUAUGUCAACCACCCACAGAUAGUGACAAUCUCUCCCACUACCUACCUCCCACCUCCUCCCUCUCUAUCUCUGUAUUUUCUUUACCCAUCUCUCUCUCUCUCUCUCUCUCUCUCUCUUUCGCUCGCUCUCUUUCUGCCUCUCCCUCCCUACCCCCUCUUUCUCUUCCUCUCUCUCCCCCUCCCUCUCUCCAUCUCUCUUUCCAUCCCUCCAUCCUACAGCGAUAACGAGGAGAAGCGAACAGCCAGCCAGCCGUCUCUGUGUGAUGAGAGUAGGCUGUGUACCAGUGAGGACAACCUGGAUGGUUACAACAACGGCAGCAGUGCUGUCACCGAGGUGAACAUGGAGGACUCCCUGGUCAGCCAGUACAGCCGGCCCAGCGAAGCCACCCCGGACCCGGGUACACUGCAGGACAGCUCCCCCCUCAACCCCACCACCACCACCCCAACACCCACCACCAACGACCUGCCCAACUCGGCGGCCAUUUAG